CUCAAAAACAAAUUACUAAGAGGCACCAUAGUCCACAACAAAAAAUCUUCAGUUAGUUUUGAUUCUAUGACUCUGGUUCUGUUAAGUGAAGGUUAAGUACGUAAAGGUAAGAAUGAUUCCCUUUCUUGUUUUUAUUUUUAUCAAGAUUUUUCUUUUUUUAUUUAAAAAAAAAUCUCGAAUUUGCUCAUUGGAGAGUUGGACUGCACGCAUCAAAGAGUUGGGCUGUGCACGGCAGGAUGGAGAUGUGUCUGUUUUGUAAGUGUUCACAAUGGAAACGUGUCCGAUUUGUGUAGACGCAAUCCGUGGCGCAGCUGCUCCAGAAAAGUGUCGGACAACAACAGUGUCUGUGCAUCAUAGGUGGUUUUACAGGAUAAGGAGGGAAGCUUAAAAGGGCAUGAUUUCCAUCAACAGAGUCUCCAUAUUGGGUUGAAAACCGAGCAAAUUCUGUUUGAGUAUACAAAAACAGCCUUGUGUUUCUGUGUUGAAUACAACAUCUAUAUUCCUUUUAUUCUUUGUAGUUCCUCCUAAUUUCUGAUAUGGGAAAACAGAAACCAAGUGUCAGAGAGGUUCACCAUUCCCAUAGCCCCAAAAGAAGUCUCUGGUGGUUCUUUCUUGUAGCUACCUGCAUAAAAGUUCUCCUUUUCCCAUCCUACCGUAGUACAGAUUUUGAGGUGCACCGCAACUGGCUGGCUUUGACCCACUCCCUCCCUCUUUCCCAGUGGUACUUUGACGAGACAAGUCCAUGGACUCUUGAUUACCCACCAUUCUUUGCCUAUUUUGAACGAUUUCUAUCCAUCUUUGCUAACCUCAUUGAUCCCCAAAUAGUGCACCUUCAAGAAGGCCUGAAUUAUAGCUCAAACAAGGUGGUUUAUUUCCAAAGAGUUACUGCAAUACUUUCUGAUUUGUCUCUUCUUUAUGGGGUUUACAGACUUACUCGGAAUCUAGAUUCAAGAAAGCAGAAGUUGAUCUGGUCAUUGAUUGUUUGGUCACCAAUGCUUUUUAUAGUGGACCAUGUGCAUUUUCAGUACAAUGGAUUUCUCAUUGGGAUUUUGUUGAUCUCACUUUCAUAUUUAGAGGAAGGAAGGGAUUUGUUAGGUGGGUUUGUUUUUGCUGUUCUCUUGUGCUUUAAACAUUUAUUUGCAGUGGCGGCGCCUGUUUAUUUUGUUUAUUUGUUGAGACACUAUUGUUGGGGUGGAAUGAUAAGAGGCUUCAGUCGACUUUUGAUUAUGGGAGGAGUGGUUACAGCAGUAUUUGCAUCUGCAUUUGGACCAUUUUUCCACCUUGGGCAGAUACAACAAGUCAUUCAACGGUUGUUUCCAUUUGGCAGGGGGAUUUGCCAUGCUUACUGGGCCCCAAAUUUUUGGGUAUUCUAUAUCAUGUCAGACAAAGGGCUUGCUUUCAUAUUCAGAAAACUUGGGUUUAGUAUCCAGACACCGACAGCUUCAUUCACCGCUGGUCUUGUAGGGGAUUCCUCGCCAUUUUCUGUAUUACCUCAGAUCACACCAUUUGUGACCUUUAUAAUGGUGCUUCUUGCCUUAUCUCCUUGCCUUUUCAAGGCUUGGAAGAAUCCACAGCCACAGAUGAUUAGUAGAUGGAUAGCCUAUGCUUAUACCUGUGGUUUUCUUUUUGGGUGGCAUGUGCAUGAGAAGGCAUCACUCCAUUUUGUGAUACCACUUGCCAUUGUUGCAGCACAAACUCUGGAGGAUGCAAGGCAUUACUUUUUGCUGUCAAUAGUAUCUUGCUAUUCAAUUUUUCCACUACUAUUUGAGGCACAAGAGUAUCCGAUCAAAGUUUUGUUGCUGCUUCUGCACUCCAUUUUGAUGUGGUCAGGCUUUUCUGCACAAUUUUAUGAUGGAACUGAAGGUAAUUCGGGUGCAACUAUGAAAAAAGGUUUUGUUAUUGGCUGGGUUGAGAGGAUUUAUCUGAUAGGUCUUGUAGUUAUAGAGAUAUGGGGCCAAAUUUUACACCCCCUACUUUUGGGUGAUAAGUUUGCAUUUGCACCCCUCAUGUUGAUCUCCAUAUACUGUGCAUUUGGGAUCAUGUACUCUUGGAUUUGGCAGUUAGUAUACAUAGUUAAAUCUCUUUAAAUUUUGGACUGUCUGCAGUUGUUAUUGGAUUUUCUUUUAUGAACUUUAUAUGCGGAA